UCAUGUCCUCCUCAAACACACAUACACGCAGACACACACACAAAUACCAGAGUUCAUAUGAUCAUAAUUAACUGUCCAGUGAGAGUGGGAGGAGGAAGCGGUCUGUGUUCUCCUCCGUGAAGUGGAUAACUGUUCAGUUAAUCUCUCUCCCACCAUUCAGCCACAGCUCUGACCGAUCACCACCGCUAUCAGGGAUUGCUUUUACCCGUUGUCCUGUACUAACUUUAUAGUAACACGGCGAGGGAAGUGUCACUGUUACAUCAACAGGACUAUUUUGGUCCCUGUUUGGACUACUUGGUUUACUUUUGCGCGUGGCAGCAUCGGUGACAUUCCAGGACUGAUAAACGGGACGGACCUGAGCUCUGAACCGACGACGCGUAAUCUUAAACCUGAAGAGUUGUUUAAGACGUAAUUUGAGUCCUCGUCAACCGAAGACAUGUUUUCCAAAGCCACUGCCAACUUCCUCCGUCAGAUUGACCCUGAAGGAAGCCUCAUCCACGUGUCCCGAGUAAAUGACUCAAAGAAACUGGUUCCCAUGGCACUGGUCGUCAAACGCAACCGCAUCUGGUUCUGGAAGAGGCCCAAGUACCAACCGACAGACUUCACCCUCAGCGACUUGUUGCAAGGCGACACGGUGCUCAGCCCUGAUGUGUCCGAGACAGAAUUCCUGACCUACAAGGGGACGUUUCGAGGCAAUCUCUCUGGGACGCUGGAGACGGAGGCUGGCUCUGCCAGCGUCACACUGGAGGGGCGGGGCUCUUCCAAGCUCCAGUCAUGUUUUGGCAACCUGAAGAAAGAGGAACUGGAUGUGAAGAAGCUGUUACGAGACUCCAGCAGCAGGCUGGUGGACAUGCAGAAGCCGCUGGUGCAGCAGCUGGAGAAGCGAGCUGACGUGCUGGCGGUGGUGAAGGAGAGGAUUCUGACCACCGACUCCUGCUCCAUCACCCAGACGAAAAGUGAGCAGUGCAUCUUUCAAGGGAUUCUCGGGCUGCUGGGCAUGCUGGGGAACUCUGUUAAGGUGAAGGACAGCAACAACAUUGAGGCGGAAAGCGAUGUUUCCUUGGAGAUCCCCUCUGGUACAGUCAUUGCUUACAGCGUCCUGGAACUGGAGAUUAAAAAAAAUGGGCACUAUGAUAUUUGUCUACAACCUGGCACAAUAGGAGGCAUUGAGGCCGACUCGCCUGUGUCCUGGCCAUCCCAUCAUUCCUUGGACAUGGUGGACGGAGGGUGCAAUGGGAAGAUGGUUCCAGAGAAAGUAGCUUUGAGCGAACUGCCAAAUGGAUCAGAGGAGAUGGACCUCUCUCCUCUAGCAGAGCUCCCCCAGUCACCUCGAUGGGCCUUGUUCAAGAGACUCCAAGAGACUCUGAGGGACAGAACUGCUCUGUCUUAUAUGGAGUGUUUGCUGGAAGAGUUGUGCAGUGGGGAAACACUCGAUAUCGCCAAGCACGAAGAACUGUCGGAGAGUCAGAGAAGAUCCCUGUCAGCCCUACUGGACACUCUAAACCCUGCCCGCCUAAACGCAGCUCACCUGUUGGUCAGUGCCAUGGAAGAGUUGCCUGAUCAAACUCUGAGCCUCUUGAGCGAGAGCCGCCCUGAUUUUCUGGAGGCCUUCGACGCACUGAUGUGCAGCUUACAGAAGAGCAGCGAGCCUCUCUCCAUCCAGUGUCUUCCGGUCCCGCUGCAAGACAACCAGGCCUUCCAACUGGCCGAGCAGCUGCUCAGCUCCACCAAUGUGACACUGAAGAGAGACAGCUACAGGCUGUGGUCGGAGACAGGAAAUGAAGCAGGGGUUCUCCCGUUGGUCCUCAGUCUCAGCAUACAUGGAUUGUCCCUGCUGUGCAAAGGGCUAAAGUAGUGGUAGUGUCUGCAUGAGCACUUUUGUUGUGUAUAUGUCCUCCAUUUCUUUCUUUAUUGUGAAGUUUAUUGGGAUAAAAUCGUAUCCU